CAAGGAUCAUGGACAGCGACAGUAACGAAAACGACUCUGGACACCUAAACAUGGCGCAAGGAGAAUGCACAGUUCCCCCACAGCCAGAUUUGAAUAAAACUUUUCAGUUAGAUGGCUAUCUUCGUACUUAUGAAGGGGAAAUAAGGCGGAGGUAAGUCCUUACUCUAUUUAAAAACUAGAUACAAAAACGCGAAUACGCUGAUUUCGGUGACGUCUGUAAAAGUGAGUAAGAGUUCGGUGGUAGUACUAGUAAUACUAGUAUUCUGUACUGAAGUUUAAGUUGAGACUAUACUACUACACUAUUAAGUUCUUAACUUACUACUACUACUAGAAUAUAUCACCCGAUGCUUUCGAGAUAAAAAUGGCAGGCACUUUGCGAUAGUUUCUACCUGCUAAUGCCAAAACUUAUCACUAUUUCUUAUUUUAAAAUAAGUAUUAGUAUUAGUGUCUAAUGUAAUGAUGUUUUAGUUUAGUUUAGUUCCAACAACAAUAAAAUCAUUAAAAGUUUUUAGGGUGCCAUUUUAAUUUUAGGCAAUCCUCCGAAGUCCGGUCCCAAAUUAUUUCCAAUGAUUACUCCUUACUUAAAAGUCUUGGGCAUCAUUCUGUUUUGAAAUUCAUAUUUGCGUUAGUGGACGUUGUUAGAUGGAGGCUGUCGGCCGUUGAGAUGCACAAACACUCGAGCGCAUUAUCACUAAUCAUGUGUUGCCAGGGACAGCUAUCGUCACAGACGCUUGGAGAGGAUUUCAAAAUGUCGCUCAGCUCAACAACGGGAUUUAUGCUCACGCUGUCAGAGGUUUAGCAUCACUUAGCCCUGCAAAAUUUUCCAUGUUGUUUAUUUUAUUUUAAAAUUAUUAUUUUUAUCUCAUUUGCUGACAUAAAGUACUUUCAAUCAUAUUAUGCAGUGCUCUCCUGCCUGCUUGUGCUGGGAAACUAAUUUUUACGCUUAUUGAAAAAAUAGAAUGAUAUACCAGUAUCUAUUACAGAUGUUAGUAGUCUAAGAGUAAACCCCCCCGUUGCACUAGUCGGCAUGCCCAACCCAUAAAUAGCAUGUCAUUAAAUAGGCGUUUGUCACAAACCCCCUGAAACGUUACCCGGGGAACAGUAUCACAGUGUAGGGGGCCUGCGUUUAAAGGCAAAGGUAACACAUGGAAAAUGCGUUAGAAAGAGCAUUGCUGCAUGGUUCCUACCAAGUGCAGUUGAAAAUUACAUAGAGACAGGUCAGGACAUGAUUAUUGUUGCCUUAUGGAUAUGAGGCGAGGGAACGUGGCGACCCCCGUUGAUGAUUCUCAAUAUGCAGCCUUUGAGGGUACCGCUCCUAUGCAACCUCUUCUUUCCCAGCUGUGGUGUGAGUUAUUCACAUAGCAGAAAACCAUGUAAACCCUUUUAAGAGGGCAUCUUUGUAAUAACUGUCGUCUCCCUGGGGUGGGGAGGAGGGGGGGUGGCAUAGAGACGUAAAAUAUGUCCACCCCAUCCCUAGAAAUUCCGGCUUGGUUGCUGUGAGAACAGCACCCCGGCCAGCCAGGUGUUCCUUCUCUGAUGCCGCCUCACUUGCAUAGUCAAUGGAGUGAAAGGGUGGGUGUGGCUGUCUCAUGGGGGGAAUGCCUCCGUAGUGCCGCUUUGCGGCCUCACUGGAAUAAUGACCACGGGGGGAGUGGUUGAAGGUUGAUUGGAAGUAUUGGGUAGUGCGUUGGGGAAGACUUCAUGAGCUUCGGCUCGAUAGUUUGCUGAUUAGAUUAGUAGUCUAAGAGUCACUGUGAAUGAAUAAUGGUUAAAUUUUACUCAUUAAAAUGUUAUUUGUCAAGCUGACUUAAAAUGUCUUUGCACAUUGGAUAGUUAACCUAAACUUUUGUCUCUUAAAUUAAUUUUUAUUUUUUUUACUGUUAAAAUUAGUAUUAUGCUUCUUUUUAUUUUCUCAUUUGAUCAUUUGUAUUUGAUCAUAAUGUAAAUAGGUCUUGAUCUUUUAAUUUAAAAUAUAAAUUGGAAAAUAUUUUCUUUCUGCAACAAUCUAUUCUGCAAAUAACUACUCUAUUAUCUAUUGGGCUUUGAAUUCUUCAGAUAUAAUUGCUUCUAUGAUUUGCUUGCAAAAAUUGAAAGAAAUGAAGGGAGUCUUGAGAAGUUCACUCGUGGCUAUCAGUUUUUUGGGAUCCAUCAUCAGCCAGAUAACUCAAUCCAGGCUGUUGAAUGGGCUCCCGGAGCAGCUGGUAUCUACUUACGAGGAGAUUUCAGUAAGUUUCUUCCUAGUUGUCAAGUAUCAACAAAAUUUUAGCAAUGAUUCAUAAUAUAUUCUAUGGUUGAUAAUUGAUGGAUUGCAUUCAAGUUGUAUAAAUGAAAUAUAAGUACAAGGUAUGUUAAAUUUGAAUUAACAGACAAGACAUUAAGAUUUGGACGUUUCGGCUUAGAACCUUCCUGUAAGCCCAAACGUCCAAAUCUUAUUGUCUUGUCUAUUAAGUCAAGUUUAACAUACCUUGUUCAUAUAUUUCAUAUAUUCUAUGGAUUCCUUCAAUAAAUAAUUCAUUUUUUUCAUUCAUAUUUUGUUUUUUUGGUGAGUAAAUCAUUACCACUUAAUAUCCAUUGCAUAAAGAGUAAAUUAAAAAAAAAAUCUAUUUGCAUUGACGAAAACACCCCCCCCCCCCCCCCUUCUUUGUUGCUAUGUUAUAUGGAUGGCAUUUGGUGACAUGUGUAUAAAAAUGUUCAAAUUGGUCGCUGCUGCUUGCUGUGUGGAUAUAAAGUGUCACUUUCAAUACAAGAAUUAUUAUCAGUUAUGAUAUAAUUAAGAUAAGUUUAAAAUAAAUAUAACUUAUGGUCUGGCCGGCCUUGUUUCACUUAUUUCUUUCCACCUAACCUUACAUUCUUACUUUUUUUUAAGAUAACUGGCAGUUUGAGGAGAAAUAUGCAUUCAAGAAGGGUGAUUUUGGCAGAUGGCAUCUCACCAUCCCUGCCAAUGAUGAUGGAACUUGUCCCAUUAAACAUCAAUCUAAACUUAAGGUAUUUUUGUUGCUCCAUGGCCUUUCAAUCUUAAUUGAAGAAAUGUCAUUUAAGAAAUUUGACCAUCCAUAAAAAUUUAGAGCUUGGAUGAGAUAGGAGAAUGCUAUUAGUGUAUAAAAAAUAACAAUCGUGAGAUUUAUCCAUUUUAGAAUACUGCUUAAAACUUUUGGACAUUGAAAGAUUGUCCUUGCAGUUAAGUUAGUUUUUUUUAAAUAUAACUUAUGGACUGGCCAGCCUUCUUUCACUUAUUUCUUUCCACCUAAUCUGAUUGCAUUCUCUUCCCCCCACCCCAAAUAUUAUAAUAUAGUGAUUGAGUUGCUUGUAAUAUUUCAAGUGUUUUUGGUGUAUGAUAGAAUCUCUUGUAAUUUGUAAUGUGCUUAUUAUUAUUAUGAUCAGUAUUAAAAUCCUUUAAACGAAAGAAUCUGUAUUGCUAGUCUUUGUUGAAAGCUUUCUUUAUGCUCUAUAUCUUUUUUGUGUUACCUUUUUACUUACUGGACUUUGUCAACUAUUAUUCAAGAUAUAAACUCUUCUAGCUUGGCAUGAAGCUUCACAAUGGCAACAUUGUGGAUCGAAUUUGUCCAUGGGCCAAAAUGGUUGGUCGGCCAGCAACAGUGCCGAUCUUUGAGCAGAUAUUUUGGGACCCUCCACCAGAAGAGGUAUGGCAUUAAAAGGAAAAUUACAUUUUGCAAAUCUUAAGCGAUAAUUCAUAUGUCUUAUAAAGAUAUAUUUUUAAGUGUAUGUCACUAACAGGGAUGUGGACACCAAAACUGAAGAAUGACCUAUAUAAGAUCAAUAAUUCCUCUUUCUACACUGAUUCAAAUAACAUUAAACACCUCAAAAAGCAAAAUCAAGGUGCGUGGAGAAUAUUCAAGGGAAUUUCAGAUUAAACGAGGCCUAAUACAAGGAGACUCACUGUCUUGUAUGCAGGAAAAAUAACAGGAUACUUUCUCAGGGAAACCCAAGACCUACAACCAAUAGGCACCCUCUACAACCAACCCCUUGCAUAUGCUGAUGACAUAGCACUGUUAGUGAAAAUUAGUAAAGACAAAAAAUGACAUAUCAAAAGAUUUUAUUGAAUUAGAAGCAACAUCACUACAAAGCAGGGCUGGAAGUUAACAAGAAUUUUUAAAAAAAAACUACAUGACUAUGGUGAGAGAAGAACAGGCAGAUGAAAAAAUUAGAAACCACACUCUUGAAAAAGUUUUUAAAAUUCAAAUACCUAGGAUCCUUAAAAUUGAAAGAAAGGAACUACUAACAGAAAUAACAGAAAGAAUAUUGACCGGAAACAGGGCAUACUUCAGUAGUCACAAAAUAAAGAAUAUUGACCGGAAACAGGACAUACUUCAGUAGUUACAAAUUAAAAAGAAAAACAAAGAAAACUAUGUAACAACUGUAACCAGACCAGUUGUAACAUAAGCAAGUAAAAAAUGGACCCUAAAAAAAAUGGCAGAAAACCUAUUAAACACAUGGAAAAGUUUUCCGGAAAAUACACUGACAAACAAGGGAUGAAUACAGAUGGAUAACCAGGAAUUGUAUAGUAGCAGACAUAAAAAUGGACAGGCUACUCUGGGCGGGAAACUUAAAGAAUGACAAAGGAGUCAAGAGGGUGCACCACCAAAACCCCAGAGGAAAAUGGCUCAAAGGCAGACCUAGGCAUAGAUGGAUGGAUGAUGGGGUAACAGAUCUACAGCUGCUGGGAAUCCAAGCAUGGAAAAGAAAAGCAUCAAUUAGAUCUGAGUUGAAGAAAGUGGUGAGACAAGCCAAAGUCCUGCAUGGGCUGUCGCGCCACAGGGAUGGAUGGACACACAAAAAAGUCUAUUUAAAUAUAGGUAAAAUUAAAAAUGAAACGUUUUUUUAGGAAUCUUUUUCUUACUAUAUUAUUACAUAUUAGAAUAUAUGACCCAGUGUUAAUCAGGUAAUAAUGGAAGGCACAGUGCACUACUUUAAAUCUGCUACUGCAAAGUCUUAACAUCUAAAAAUUCAUUUUUUUACAAAUGUAACUGAAUCAGGUUUUGAUGCAUUGUUUUUAUCAAAAUUAUGUUAUUUACACCCACUUGAAAUGUACAUUUAGGAAAUUGUAAAUCUUCAUUUAUUUUUCAAGAAGUCCCUAUGUAUAGAUAUUACAUUUCUAAUAUCAUUGGGUUUUAAGAAAUGGUCAUCUUCUAUAUUAUAGAGCCCUUCCCUACCCCUUUUCACACUCAUGAACUACAAAGAAAACAUGUUAUUGAAAAAUUGUAACACCAUAUAUGUCCUUAAAAAUAAAAAAUGUAUAUACCAUUCACUUGCCCCUCCCUGGAUUGAUUGGAUAAAAAAAUUUUAGACAAAAAUAGACAAAAUAAUUAUUAAAGUAAAGAGAAAAUAAAGAGAAAGUAACUAAGCUGAUGUCCUGUCCGUUCGUUCACCAUACAAAUAAGCUACAGUAAAUUAAAACUAUAUUAAAACAUUACUAUAAAAAAAAUUUGCNGAUUUUUUUUGCCCCCCCCUCUAGAAAGUUUUCUGCAGGCGCCCAUGAUACCAUUAUAAAUAUCUGUUAGAUUAAUGUAUUUGAUAUAUUGGUAUCUUCAUUUAAAAUGUACCUAACCUUUUGCCUCACUCCUGAACUAUAUUACCCGAAAAUCAUAAAACACAGCAUAUUUAUAUCUAAUGAAGAAUCUCAGAACCAAUGUUCAAGUUAUUUAAAGAACAUGGUAAUUUAUAUUUUUAUUUUUAAUCUAUACCAAAGAUCAAAUCUGUAACAUUAUCUGAAUUGGAGUUAUUGAUAUUUUAACUCUUUUAUCAUCGGCCUAAAGAUAUGGUCAUCCACAUAAAAAAUAUAACCACCUUAUUCCUCCCCUUGAAUAGUGUUAACCAAAGAGGGUUGAAUAAUGUAUAAAAUGCACCCACUCCCUCUGCGAAUCUUGAGCUGCUUGGAGCAAAAUAUAAAAAAAUAGCUAAUUGUACAGCCUAGGUAAAAGUAACAAUUAACAACAACCCAAACCAAACCCCCCCUCCCCACGCCAACUCCUCUCACUUGAAAUGUAAAAACAGAAAAUGUUAAAAUACAUAAUUCAUUACCAAUAGUUAAGUCUGUAAUCAUUUUGGCUUUUGAGAUAGUAGUGCUUUUGAUGGAAACAAAUUCACUCAAGUACAGCGCCCCCCCCCCCUUCCCUUUUUGCAAAAUACCCCUUAACAUUGAAAUGCAAAAACAGUAUGAUAAAAUACAUACUACAAGAUUUUGCUUUUAAAAAUUAAAUUUACAUUCAUAUUAAUAUAACACAGAUGAUAGUAAUCAAUCUCCUUUUAUGCAAUAUUGUAACUCUUACAUUCAGAUAACAACUUAAAAUAAUUAUUAUAUUAAAUUUAUUUCUGAUUUAUAAUAAUAAUAAUUAAAUUUUAAAGAUUGCUUACAUUUGCAUAAAAGUUCAUUUAUUUUAUUAGAUUCAAACUUAAUAAAUAAAAGUCACUAUUUUAAAAAUCCCAUUUAGCAAUUGAACACAAAUGUGCACUCUGUUACACUUUAGAGGAAUUUUAUUUUUUUUGUCAUAGAAUAGAACCUGACACAAAAACAUUGAUGCAUCCUUUAUAUAUUUAAUAUCUUUGUUUCUCACUGAUACCAGCAAUACAGCUUCAAGCAUGUUCACCCACGCACCAAAGGUGCAUUGAAGAUUUAUGAGAGUCAUGUAGGCAUUGCAUCAUGGGAAGGAAAAGUUGCGUCCUAUAAACAGUUCACACAAAAUGUUAUUCCACGAAUCUCAGAUUUAGGUAAUAAAAUAAUGUAACAUUUUAGAAAUCUUUUCACUUGAUAUUUCCAUUGCAUUGUAAUCACUAUGACAGCUGUCAAGUGGAAGAUGGGACAGGUUAUGAGUAUCAAGGGAGCAGGGUCAAAACAGAUGGAAACUGUGACAAAGCAAUUAACAUGAAGGUCAUUAAGGCAAGGCUCAAAGGACCUGUUGCAGGACAGUAUAGAAGCCUGACCUUGCAGAGAUCCAAAGAACCUGCAGAUAGAAGUAGUGUUCCUUUGCCUUGAGCAGUAGUUUUCUCCAAGGGCUGAAUUUAUUAUAAACAUAGCAGGUUAUUAUUUGGCAAACCAAUUAUCUGUUUUAUUAGCCUUUAUAGCAAGUACUCCAGUUUUAGCAUAGUGGGCAGUAUAAAACUACUUGCUAUGCAGGAUGAGUUUAUGUGAUGAACAGCAAUGACUCAUUUCAGUAUAUACAUCAAUGAUUUUCAUUGCUUUGUGACAACACUGUAAAUAUAAGAACUUUUAUUUCUUUGAUUGGAUACCCAUUAACAGAAUAUUAGAAAUAUUUAUGAUUCCUUUAUUACAUAUUAAGUUAUUUUAUGAUAUCCAUCUCAAGGUAAACACUUAAAAAAGACAAAAUUAUACUUUAAGCUUAAAUGUAUCUUUUCAGAUAUUGACCUUUUUCUCAAGCCUCUUACUUUGACCUUUUUUUUUUUGGUCUGCUUGUACCACACUUUUAGGACCAUUAAACCUAUAGUUCUCAGGAUUUUCUUAAGUUUAUAAAAUAAACAUUUAAAACUGUCAGCCACUCACCUCUCAGCCACAUAUAUAUAAAUGUUUGUACUUGUAUAUAUAUUAUACUUGUUAUACAAGUUCAUGCAGGAUAUGUUGUUCAAGUUCACAUAGGAUCUCCUGUACAAGUUAAUGAAAGAUUUGUUGUAAAAUUUAAUGCUGAUGGCACACUGCUACAAUAAUUUAAGGUUACAAAAAAUGUCCCCUCAUAUAGACUUUGUAUGUGGUAUUUAAAAUCUUGUGAAAUAUGAUGCUCUAAAAGACAUCAUCUUAAGAUUUACAUAAUAUUGGACCUACAUUGAUUACCUCCAGGUUACAAUGCUAUCCAACUGAUGGCUAUUAUGGAACAUGCCUACUAUGCCAGCUUCGGAUAUCAAGUGACCAGCUUCUUUGCUGCCUCAAGUCGCUAUGGAACUCCUGAUGAGCUUAAAGAAAUGAUAGACACGGCUCAUGAGUAUGGCAUUGUUGUUCUGUUGGAUGUUGUGCACAGCCAUGCCUCCAAGAAUACUGUUGAUGGUCUCAAUCAGUUUGAUGGUACCAAUUCAUGCUACUUUCAUGAUGGUGGAAGGGGCACCCAUGACUUGUGGGACUCAAGACUUUUUAAUUACACAGAGUGAGAAUGCUUAAUACAGAAGCUCUAAUUGUGUAUGUUGAAUAUUGGUUGAAUAUUGGUGUAAUGCAAAAAUAAUAAACCCAUUGAGAUAAUAAUGUAGAGCAGGGGUACUUUGUAAUCAGUGGGGUCAGUACACUUCCUCUCAGAGUUUUGUGGUGGACAAAAUACAAUAUUUAAUAUGAAGAAAAAAUAUAUUCAAAUUAAAUUUAUAAGAUUUCAAAGGGAAAUAUGGGCCUGCAUUUAGCUAAAUAGAUGUCCGGUUCCAUAUUUCUUACAUAUUUGUCACUGCUGCUCAUAUACCCGGGCGGCGUCCUGGUGGGUCACAUUUAAGACCACUGGCAGGCUGGAUCAGGCUAACAGGUUGAGGACCCCUGAUGUAGAGUAUUAGAUCUAAAUAAUUUGUAUAAUAAAUUAGCUAAUUUAGGUCAUCACAAGUUGUUAGAAAAUCACUUUUCAUUCUAGGCUCCAGCUCCAAUUAAUCUCAUUGAUUAAUGUGAUCUGUAUCUGUCUGAUUAAGGUGGGAGGUGUUACGGUUCCUUCUCUCCAAUCUGAGAUGGUGGAUUGAAGAGUAUCGUUUUGAUGGUUUCCGAUUUGAUGGUGUCACAUCUAUGCUAUAUCACUCCCAUGGAAUGGGUAAGCUAUAUGACUUUGCUGAUAAUUGUAAAAAAGAAUAAUUGUUUUUUUAAAGUAACAAAUUUGGGGUGUGUGUGUUGUGUUUUUUUUUUUGUUGGGGGGGGGGGGGGGGAUUAACUGAUUUUAAAUCUCAUAUAUAUAUAUAUAUAUCAAUGAGCUUUAUAAAGAUAAUUAAAGUUUAACGUUGGGGCAAUGAACAGCAGUACAGACUAAGUUCAUGGCAUGUCAACUAUUUCUUAACUUAAUGAGCUAUUAAUAUUGACACAGCCCAGGUAUAAUGAUAUUUUAAAGUAUGAUUAUUGAUCUCUUCAAUAGAGUUGAGAGAAAGCAACUCAGAGCCAUCUCAUAAUUUGUUGCUAAGGGUCUCAUUAUUUUAUCUUAAUAUUUAUUAAUUAUGACAAUAUCCCAUGAAAUUUUCUUGUGUAGGCCACGGAUUCAGCGGACAUUAUGAUGAAUAUUUUGGCCUAAACACAGACACAGAUUCUCUGGUUUACUUAAUGCUGUCCAACUACAUGUUACACACUUUAUAUCCUGAGUUUAUGAUCACUGUUGCUGAGGUAAGAAUUCAAUUUCACCAUUUUUUCUUAUUUUAACAUGGUAAUAGUUUCUUUACAGUUAGGUUCUAAUCUUUGAACCCUUCAUUAAUGUGUAUUCUGAUGAUCUCAAAUGCUUAAAUUUGGGCUACAGAUUCAAUGGGCUGGGCAUUUUAUGCAAUACAUUUUCAUGAGUAUUUCUUCAUUUAUUUUCAUCAUUUGAAACCACGAACUCAAUUACUACAGCAACAGAAAAUUAAUUUUAAUCAUUUUCAAUAAGAUGUAUUUAGUAACUAGCUGAUAUGUUUAAUAACUAGCUGAUAAAACAGUCUUUGCCUGGGAUUAAGUUGACCCACGUGUAACAUCACAGCCUGGUCCAUAAAGUGUCAUAAUGUAUUACUGGAGGGGAGUCCUAUUAAAAAAACUUUUGAUACAUUUUCAAGGUAACUUUUAAUAAAUAUAAAUCCUUGAAUGAACUGGUCCAUAAAGUGUAACUGUUAUUACUAAAAUUAGAAGUUAACCUUUACAAGUUGUAUCAUUAAAAUAGUUUACCAAAUUCGGUAGGUAUUGCCUUUUUGAAUAGUAAUAAUAAUAGUUUUGCCCCAGCCUCAAAAGAAAGUGAUAAAGCCUAUUCCUAAGCUAUCUUGUUCUACCAUUUUCCUUCAGAUGGCUUGAACGCUGUCCAACACACAUUAUUCUUUAGCUUUUAAAAGAGCGCCAUAUUUUAAUCCUGUAGAUAUUUAUUCAAGGUAAUAUUGAAAAUGUUUACAUUGUUUGAGGAGCUCCAGUGUUUAACGUUGUAAUUCCAUUUUAAGACAUAAUUUGAUUUAUCACUUAUUAUGGGACCUAUCAAAAUCCUUUAAAUAAAUAUUCAAGCUUUAAAAGUUGAAAAUUGUUUGAGCGGCCCAGUUGGAGAGUCGACUUCACAAGUUGCCAUUUAUUUUUCACCUUUCAAAAUCAUUUAUUCAUGAUAAGCUUUAAAGUUUGUAAAUUAAGUAGUCCUUGUUUUGGCCAAGUCCAAAAGAUGGAGUGUAAUUUAUCCAGUAAAUGUUGGUCCUUUUCAUUUUCUUCUUAUAAUAUGUAACGUAUCUUUACCAUUUGGUGCCGAAGCUUUAAGUAAAUAAAUGGGCUCUAUGAAAAAGCAAUUAAAUAAAUAGUCACGGAAACUUUUAAAAUUGUAAAUCUCUACUGUCAGGUUCACCAAAACACUGUAUAGAAAAACUGCAAAAAGUCCAAAACUCAGCUGCUAGGCUAGUUCUAAAGGCAAAAAAACGUGAUCACGUCACUCCACUACUCCACUCCUUUCAUUGGCUCCCUAUACAGGCACACAUUGACUAUAAGUUGUCUGUUCUCUGUUACAACUUUUUUUCGGAUUCCUGCCCUUUUUAUCUAACCGAACUUCUUUCUGUCUAUUAACCCCUUCGACAGCUUCGCGCCUCCGCAGACACAUGUAUUCUGUCCAUUCCCAAGACACACACUAAAACAUAUGGUGAACGAUCUUUCUUUCUGUGCCCCCAAACAAUGGAAUUCUUCAAUUUUUAUUUUUAAAAAAAAAGCCCAUAUUUAUCUUUAUUUAUACCAAAAUCAAUGUAUCGAUUCAAACAAACAACCCACAUUAAGCUUUAUAUAUAUAUAUAUAUAUAUAUAUAUAUAUAUAUAUAUAUAUUAUAUUGUUUCCCUUUGGUCAAAAGCUAUCAAUGCUAAUUUUUUAGCCCUGGAAGAACUUUCCUUGAGGAACACAGCUGUGUAAAACUAACAGCAAGAAAUAUUUGCUAUAAAAUCUAGACUGUCAACAAAAAAACAAAAACAAAAAAAAAAAGUUUGCCCAAAAGAUUUGAUUUUUAAUCAUGAUUUUUAAAUUUUUAUAUUUAAAUAUCUUUUAAGCUUACAUUUUAUAAUUACAUUUAUAAAAAGAGUGGAUAAAUGUUUUUAUUUCUGCAGGAAGUAUCGGGCAUGCCAUUGUUAUGUCGACCUCUGAUUGAAGGUGGUGGUGGGUUUGACUACAGAUUAGCAAUGGCUAUACCUGAUGUUUGGAUAAAGGUAAAGAUAAUUUUUUUACCUUUUACUCAUAAUAGCUUCUAUGUUAUUAAUAGAAAGUAAUUUAGUUGCACUGGUAAACAAAUUUGAACCAUUUGAGAGAGUAAUUUUAGCAUUGUUUUAGUAAAAUACUUUCAAAUUUUUUAACUUAACUGUCUAAUUACAUAUAUAUAUUCCAAAUGUUACAUUCAUAAUUGGUUUUCGGCAACUUAUUUCUUAUGUUAUAGCUCAUAUUAACAUUAAACUUUUAUCAUACAGACUCUAAAGCAUUCUAGAGAUGAAGAUUGGGAUCUAACCACUUUAGUGCACACUCUGGUCAAUCGGCGGUACGGCGAGAAGUGCAUUGCAUAUGCUGAAAGCCAUGACCAAGCCCUUGUGGGAGACAAGACUAUUGCCUUUUGGUUGAUGGACAAAGAUAUGUACACCCAUAUGUCUAUACUGAGUGGGGGAAAUAUGGUGAUAGAGCGGGGCAUUGCCCUGCAUAAGAUGAUCCGUCUUAUAACAAUGGGUCUUGGUGGUGAGGCGUACCUAAAUUUUAUAGGUAAGAUAUUUUAUUCUCAAAGUAAUUUUUAAUGCUUUCUCAGAUAUGUUUUAAAAUAAAUAAUGUACAGUAGGUUCUUGGAAUACAAAAGUUCUAGAGAGAGAACAAUUAAGAAGUUGAAAAAAAAUUUAUAACAAGUUUUCGAUUUAUAACAAGUUUUCGCUGCUUUUGAAUCCAAAUCCCCAAAACAUUCUUCAUGUGUUUUUUGUGAAUACAUUUCUCUAAAGCUCAGGCCGCCCAUAUUCUUUGUUUUUCAUUUUGUUGUUGGAAGCUGCAGUAAACGCAUCUUAUGUGAUUUUCGCUGAGAAUUUUAUCCUUUUGUGACUGUUUUUUUUUUUUUUAACAUAAUAACUAAUUACAUCAUAGGUCCUUAUAAGUGUAGUGAAGAAAAUAAGGGUAAGAGGACAGCUGUUAGAGCUACAAUUGAAGUGAAGAAAGAUCUUAUCGAUUAGCAUGAAAUCAGUAUACGUCUUACUGAUAUUGCUACUAUGUUUGGGAUUCCUAAAUCAACCGUACGAUUUUGAAAUAUAAAGAAGCUUUCAACGCAGCUAAUGUGGCUAAAGGGGUUAUACCAAUUUAAACAAUUUGUAUGGAAGACAUGGAAAAACUCCUCUUAGUUAGGAUUAGGGAAAAGCAGUGACUAGUGGUGUGAUUUCUGGGAGGAUGUGGUGCUAGAAGGCCAAGGUCCUCUACAAUGAUUUAGUGAAAGGCUUGACAGAUAAAAGUGUUCAAAAGGAGGAGUUUAAAGCUAGUAGAGGGUGGUUUGAGAGUUUAAAGAAAAGAAAUAGAAUCCAUAGAAUUUGUGGGACCCAGGAAUAGAUUAAUCCAGUUUCAAUUUUUUUAAACAGAAAAAAAUUGUCCCCCAGCAGGGGAGUUAACAAUGUGCAUAUGUGGGGUGGUAAUGCUCUUUAAUGACAAAAUGUGUUAUGGGACAAGAUCAAAUUUCACAAGUGAAAAAUGCGAUCUUGAAAGACUUGCAAUGUUCAGGUUGCACAUGUAAAAAAACUAGUUUAAUAUUUUGACAGGCAAUGAGUUUGGUCAUCCUGAGUGGCUAGAUUUUCCCCGGCUGGGCAACAAUGAGAGCUUUCACUAUGCCCGUCGUCAGUUCAACCUGGCUGAUGAUAAACUUCUGAAAUAUCAGUUCCUCAACAACUUUGACAGAGCUAUGAUCCAUUUAGAGAGCAAAUACAAUUGGCUUCUGCAUGACCAGGUAAGAUUUUUUGCUUUUUAACAUUUGUAGGAUCAGUUAAUUUAUUUUUCUGGAUACUUUUCUAUCUCUAUAGAACUGACAUUACUAUUAGGAAUUAAAUAAGAGAACUGACAAAUGUUGUAUCAUUUUAAAUGAGUUAUAAUCUAGUCAACUUUUUGUCAUAAGUUUAAAGCUCUAGUUGUCAUUAAUUUUCUCUUCACAGAAUUAUGUAAGUCUCAAGCACCAACAUGACAUGGUGAUCGUUUUUGAGCGUGCAGACACUCUGGUGUUUAUAUUUAACUUCCACCCCAACAAAAGUUACACUGACUACAAGAUUGGAGUCCAGGUGCCAGGAAUGUAUCCAAACUUAAUAGCUGUUUAUUUUUACUCAAAUUCAGUAAUUUAUUUAUUUUUGCAUCAGACAGCAUUGACAUAGCAUUUUGCCCAAUAUAACUUUCAAAGGAAUAUGAAAACCUGAUAUAAAACCUGUCAAUAAUAUUUAGAGAUAAGAAAAUACUUCCAGUAACACAGCUCUAUAGUAUAGAGUGCACUUGCAGUAGCAUGACCCUGUAGCAUAGGAAAAACAGCCAAUAGCAUCACUCUGUAGCAUAGGAUAUACUGGCAGUAACAUCACACUGUAGUAUAGGAUAUACUGGCAGUAACAUCACUCUGUGGUAUAGGAUAUACUGGCAGUAACAUCACUCUGUGGUAUAGGAUAUACUAGCAGUAACAUCACACUGAAGUAUAAGAUAUAUUGGCAGUAACAUCACUCGGUAGUUUUGAUAUCCUGACAGUAGCAUCACUCUCUAGUAUAGUUUCAUCCUAGCCUUGUCCAUUUAUUUGAAUAUUGGAAUAUGCCAGCAUGGAUUAAGUUCUCUAAUUCAAUGUUAUAAUAUCACCUCAUAUUUUGCACUAUUUCUCCUUAACCUGGUCAAGUUAUGAAAUAGUUCUUGAUUCUGAUGCAGCUGAAUUUGAUGGCCACAAAAGAAUUGAUCAUAGUGUGAAGUACCAUACUUUCCCAGAACCCUGGUGUGACCGUGCUAACCACACAUUUGUAAGUACAGACACUGACAUAGACACACAUUGUUAAAUCAGUUGGUCUCAAACUUUUUCUGGCCACACACCUUUGGCUUCAUAAUUUCACCCUGUCUCAAUCGAUUAUAUAUAUCCUAUGAAAUUAAGUUUCUGUGAUUUUCUAAGAAAGAUAACAAAGUAAAAUAUAUUUUGUUUAUAUACAUAUUUUUAAAUAUUUGAUCAUAUUACAAAUGAAUUAUUUUUUUUUCCCCCUUUAAUUCCAUGAUUAUUUUGAUCCAGUGUUAAUUUUAAAGUAAAAUUAUUACUGAGCCAAAGUUUUCCUGCUUCAGUGUUUCUUAUUGUGAUGGAUGGGGCUUGGGAGAGUGAUUGACACUUGUUGUUCAAUGUCUCAUUAUAAAGUCACUUAACCAAACUCUGAAAUCAUUUUAUUCCGAAAUCUAUAAUCCACGUUUUUUUUGUUUGCGUGCAGCGAAGUCGGAAGACACCACUUUUACCAAUAUCCUUUCCAUCAAUAGCUCUAUCUCCACUUCAACAACUGUUUCAAUAUCUGAGAAAGUAAUUUGCAUCAAAAGGUGCUCAGACAUAUUUUUUGUGUGUGUCCCAGUAUAGUAGCAUAGCCAAAUGUUUGCAAAAUAUACUUUUGACAAUCAUCUUGUGUCACACCUUUUCAUGUAUUACAUGUAUUAAAACAAUUGUUCCUAAGCCAUUCCAUUUUUAACUUGGCCAACAUUAAACGAAAUAGGAAUAUUUGUCCUGAAUCAUUUAUUUUUGGGUAUGCUUGAAGCUGAAUGGCAUUAAAUUGUCAGUGUGUUGAUUAAGAUUCAUGCCUGUCUAUAUUUCUAGUUGAACUGAAAAUCAAAAGCAUUGCACUUUCUGUACAAAAAAAUGUAUUUAAAUGACUUUACUCUUGUUCCCCCAGGUCUAUAUUCCUUGCAGGACAGCUAUAGUUCUGGCUAAAGUAGCAUGAUCUGGCGAGGGAGUAGCUUUACUGGGUUAACCUACAUACUCACUGAAAUUAAAGAAUUUUAGGUUUUGAAAUGGCUGUACUGAGGAAUUGCUGUGGUUAAAAAAAAAAGGAUUUUGUGAAGUUAGUUGAAAUUUCCUCAUUUUAUCUGAUGUACUCCAGGCAGUUUUUCCUGAUUUCUGGCUUUAACAGAAUAAAUAAGCCACAAAAAUUAAUCAUACAGAUAUUUUUUUGAAGGGACAAAGUGGCUAAGUGACAUCUUAUUAAAAAUAAUAUUUCUGGUAACCUGCUUUGUUUUAACUGCAUGCUGCCCGAAAGCUAUUUGACAAGAAAUACUAUAUAUUCAGAAAAGUAUUCAAAUACUGUGUGGUAAAUCGUUUACCCUAUGUUUUUUCAUAUAGUUGAAUAUUAAAAAAAAAUUACUUGUCUAAAAUUUGUGAAAAAAAAUUAAUGAAUAUUAUUAUUAAUUUCUGCCUUAUAUUUAGCAUCUGUGAUGACAGUUUUAGGGAAGAUGAUUUUAUAACUACUGAGUAAAAUACUUUAGACUUUAAUAAUAGUGAUCAGUCUAUCAAAUUAUUCUUUCCCUUUAUUUGUUAAAUUAUUAGUUACGGGUAUUAUAAACAAAUUUAAAAAAUUAAAUAAAUCUUUUCCUUAUUUUAAACUAAGUUGAGUCAGUUAUCUUUUUUCUAUUUUUCCCUUUUGAGUUAGUUUCAAUAUUUAUUAGGAAUUCCUUUCUCAUACAUUUGAUCAUUAUUGCUUUUGACUUUAUAGUUCAGUUCUCAAUGGUAUGAACAUUUUAACAAACAUAAGCUAUGAUCAAAUCUAAUGCAAAGCUUGCCUUUUAGUUGUGGCUCAUCAAGUAUUUUACUUGCAUUGAGACUGUUCAAGGUUUUAUAAGUUGAAAUUGAUCUGUUACAUUUUUUUUUUGCUGAGUAAAGUUUUACCAGUUUAGACCACUUAUUGCCCACACUGCCAAAUAUUUUUCUUUUAAAAUGUUACAUUCUUUGUAAUUCUCGCUGAUGCAUUUUUAAAAGUUAUCUCUUUAUAUAAUACAAAUGUUACAAGAAGAAAUAAUACAAUUCAAAACUUACAUAUCUCACACGACAACACCAUUUCCCAAUUUUUAAAUUUUAACUUUUCAAGAUGGUCUUGUAUCUCAAAAUAAAAUUUUUAAUGAAGGGAAAUUAUUCAAUUUCUUUUACUUUUGAAAUUAUAAUCUUUUUUUUUAAAUUUUCCGAUAAUCCUUUGGUGCAGAACAAUUACUGUGUUAGUUGACUUGUGAUUUAACCCUAGAAAGUGUAUUUGUUACAUUCAUUUAUCAGGCUAUUAUAUUUCAUUGAUCUGGCGGAUGUUACCAACAACAGGAAAACAAAUAACUAAUUUGUUGUGUAAUUCCCAUUGAUUCUGCUAAUUUAGUUGACUUUUAGUCACAGUUGCCUAGAUGUGAGGACUGGUGGGAGUUACUAGUUUUUAACAUGUGAAUCUUGAUGGUUUGUUGCGAUAAAAAUGUUAGGUUUAAAUGUUUAGGUUUGUUGAGAAUAAAUCAAUGUUAUCUUUGAACGUUGUUACGUCUACCCUAUGUUUGACAGUAUUAAUAACACUUUGACCACUGAGGCUUGACACUUUGGAGACCACUGAGACUUGACACUGGAGACCACUGAGACUUGACACUUUGGAGACCACUGAGGGUUGACACUUUGGAGACCACUGAGGCUUGACACCCUGUUGAUAAAACAUUUUGUUUCUCAGCCUUUCAGUUUGAUUCUGGUUAUUUUUCAUUUCUUUAAAAAAAAAAUUUUUUAGAAGAAAAAAAACACAUUUGCAUUGAAAAAUAAUUUCAGCUUCAAAGAUAACUUUGCACAAUUAAAUUUCAUUUGUGGUUAAAUAUUUGUUCAUGACAAAAAUUUAAAACUGUUUUGAAGUCUUGCAUAUUAUGAAUACAUUAUAGAUGUUACAUGAAAGAUUGCAAUAUAGAUGUUACAUGAGCACAUUAUAAUAUAUAGAUUUUAUAAUGGCCCUAUGAAAUGAUUUUCAAACACACAGAUUAUACAAAUGUGUGAUGGAGGGAUGUGUUGAUCAAGAAUAUAAAAUAAAAUUAUAAAGAACUAUUUCAUCAGCUAUUCAUUUUUUUAAUCUCUGUAUUGUCUCACAGUGGGUAAAUAAUGAAAACUAUGAAGGGAAAGAGUGCCAUAUUUUAUUGUUGUGUGAAAAAAGAUUUAUAAGAUAAGAAGAUAAGAUUUUUUUAUUGAUCAAUGUUUUUUGAUUGCAUAGUACAUUUUCAGCAGAUGAAUAAAACAAUUUGAACACGAAACAUCUACAUUAAAUUAUUUCGCUAGUGAAAAAAAACAGCCAUUCAGUGAAUUCUCUCAGUCAUACCAGGGACUUG